AUGGAGAGCGAAACGCGGGAGAAGGCCUAUACGUUUGUGGCCUAUACGGCGGUGAUCUUCUCGCUGGUAUCCAUCCUGGCGGUCUUCGUGACUCUGCCGAUGGUUAACAACUAUGUUAAUACAAUCAACGCUCGUGUUGCCGAAGAAAUGGAGUAUUGCCAAGUAACAUUUCGUUUACGGCAUGAUUAA